AUGCUGAGAAUUUUCGUUGGGCUGUUGUGGCUGCUUGGUGAUGUUGCACCUUGGCACUUGGAAUCUAAGACCAAUCAACCCAUCGAUGUUCGUAUUGAAUAUUGGUUGCUAGAACAAUAUAAUGAUGUCGUCAUCGAUACACAUACGCCCAUCAUCUCAUGGAAUUUGCCAACAUUUUCAAAUAAUAAUCAACAGCAGCGUGAUAUUCAGCAAAUGGCCUAUCAAAUUCAAAUAUAUGAACGACCUGCACAUGAUGCCACCACAUCAAUCUUGUUAUGGGACAGUGAGUCGAGAGAAUCGUCGUCCACUACAGUACGAUACAAUGGUCCCAUGUUUGCUACAGAUCGCCGUUAUGAGCUGCAUCUGAGGUAUUGGUCGACUGAUGGGACGGAGAGUGAUUGGUUCAUUGCAAAAUUCCGUACAGUAUUCUUCGAUGCAUUUAAUGGAUCACAAUGGAUUGGUAGUAAUAUGAUCAACAUGAAUCAAUUGCGCAAAACAUUUAACAUAGAAUCAUCAUCAGCGAUCACAUCAGCUUUUGUCGCUAUUAGUGGGGUUGGAUAUUAUGAAUUGCAUAUUAAUGGACAACCAGUCGAUCCAUCUCGUAAGUUGGAUGUUGGGUGGACUACUUAUCAGCAACGGACAUUAUAUGUGUCGUAUGAUGUGACUAAAUUCUUGACUAGUGGUGCCAAUGCCAUUGGAGUCAUUUUGGGGCAAGGCUGGUAUAAUCGACAGCAGUGGAUAAUUGGUCUAGGACCGAGGACCGAACUCAGUACACAAUAUGGACCACCUCGGUUCAUUUUUCACUUGAUAAUAUGUCUAAGUGACAAAUCUACCAUCAACAUUAACAGUGACGAGACAUGGCUGGGACGUGAAGCGGAACAUCGAUCGGAUAACAUCUAUAUGGGCACUGUCGUCGAUUAUCGUGCAGCACGGCCCACAUUCUCUGCUGUGACAUUUUUUGAUAAUACAUCGUUAUGGAUCAAUGCUUCUAUUCUAUCAUCACCUGUGCAGAAUGGUACUUUUAGUUUACAAAGAAUGCCUCCUAUACGUGCUGGAUUUGAUGCAUUACAUAUUCCAGAUCUCAGCACCACCGACGAUAUUACACACAGUAUAGUCGCGAGCUAUCCAUAUGGCGCUGAUUUGACCAAAUUCCACGGUGUAUUAACACCUAUUGGAACUGAUUAUGCUAAUGGACAGAUUUUUGAUUUAGGUCAGAACUUUGCUGGUUGGUGUCGAGUGACUGGCAUCAACGUUCCAACUAGUUAUAUCGUACAAUUACGUCAUUCUGAAUAUCGUUAUUCACAGGGUACUAAUGGCAUUAGAUUCAAUGGUAUUGAUACAGAGAAUUUAGAUUCUAUUGCUGCUACUGAUACAUUCGUUUUGAAUGGUUCUGUAAAUGAAACCAUUGAACCGAUGUUUACCUAUCAUGGCUUUCGGUAUCUCUUAGUGAAUGGUUUACCCAAUGUUGAUAGUUCACAAGUAACAUGUUAUCCCGUGCAUACACAAACAAGUUUGAUCGGGAACUUCUCAUCAUCUUCGGUGGUCUUAAAUCAAAUCCAACAUAAUAUUUUAUGGUCACAAUUGAGUAAUACCAUGUCCUUACCCACUGAUUGUCCACAAAGAAAUGAAAGACGAGGCUGGAUGGGUGAUGCCGGUCUUUCCGUAGAUGAAGCAUUAUUCAAUUUUGAUUUGAUACAGUUUUAUUUGAAUUUUCUAACCAUGAUCCAGGAUAACCAAGCUGCAGAUGGCGCAAUUUCUGAUACAGUACCAUUCACUGUCGGAUUCUCACCAGCUGAUCCCAAUUGGGGCACUGCCUAUAUCAAAAUAACAUGGGCAUUGUAUGAGCACACAGGUGAUAUCACAAUCCUACAACAAUAUUACACUAGUAUCCGAGCUUGGAUCGAUUGUUUAACAAGGCAGUACCGACAAACUGGCUUGGCUCACUUCUUCGGACAUUGGGGUGAUUGGGUGCCCGCUGCACCAAUGACUAAUCUUUCGUUAAUCUCCUCCUUUGCCUAUCUGCACGAUAUUCAUCGUUUCAUUAACAUUUCAACAAUAUUGAACCAAACAGAGAAUGUGAAGAAUUAUACCGAGCUGUAUCAUACAUUGGCAAAAGAAUUUCAUAUGGUGUUUUAUGAUGGAACACUGAGAGGAUAUGCGGAUAAUAGCCAAGCUGCCAAUGUUUUAGCUCUGGCAUUACCCAAUGUCGUACCUGAUGAGAUACAAACGACUGUGUGGGAAUCAUUACUGAAUAAUAUUAAAAGUCAAAAUCUGCACUUCACUGGUGGAAUUGUUAGUGUGGCUCAAGUAUAUCCUUUAUUAUCUAGCAACGGUAAUCAUGAUUUAGCAGUAAAAUUAGCCAGUUCCACCACUUAUCCAUCCUAUGGUCAUAUGUUCAAUAAUCCAAUACAAAAUGCCACAACGACAUGGGAAACAUGGAAUACAUUACCUGAUUCAGCUGACUCCUCGCUCAACCAUCACAUGUUCAAUAGUAUUGGCAGUUGGUUUUAUCGUUAUCUAGCAGGAUUUCACUUAUCAUUGGCCGAGUAUCGAAUACACAUUCAUCCUCGUAUGACAUAUGAUGCAACAUUAUUGAAGACUGUAUCAGCAACGGUCAAGACACAAAAAGGCAUAGUGAAAGUUGCUUGGACAAGAGCGGUAGAUUUUCUAGAACAAUUAUCCAUACCAUCAUUGUCUCAGCACGUCGUGAAGAUGACUGUCACGAUACCAACAACUUUGGAAGGUAUCAUCUCAUUUGAUCCUCUACUGAAGUCUGGUCAAUGCCAUUCCAUUUAUGUUGAUCAGAAGUUAUUAUGGCAACGGUCAUCACUGUACUGUCAUCAACAUAUUCACGCUAGUUCAAUGGAUGAUUUAUCACUGAUCAACGUUGUCAGUGGUGUGAAGCAACUGUCAGAAGACGCACAGAGUGGUACGAUGACACUGCGGGUAUCAUCCGGGCAGUAUCAGUUUCAUGCCGUAUGGGUAGAAAAACCUUGUUGA